AUGGCUGCCACCACUACAGACAUCAAAUCUCGCUCAGAUUCCCGCUCCUUCAUCACUCUCACUUCAUCAAUGUCAACUAACUCCAUACUAGACCCGCCUCACGGUACCACAUUUUCAGAUUUCAUGCGCACCUGGAAUGACGUCCACGUCGCUCGAUGGCUCGCAGAUAAUAAAUGUAGUGCACAUAUCCCCGCCUUCAAGAAUAAUGACAUUCGUGGUGAUAUUCUGUUAGAGCUAGACCAGGACACUCUUAAAGAGAUGGGUAUCUCCAGUAUCGGAGACAGGCUUCGCAUCGUCAACGGAGUCAAGAGUUUGAGGUCAAAGUGUUCACAGCGCGCUACAUCUUCUCUCUCUGCUAUCGCCCAUACCAGGGCCUUCUUGGCUUCUCUUCCUCCAGAAUCUUCAAGGGAACCUCCAGCUGAACAUUCCCAUUCACGCACUAGCUCCCAAGAGCUAUCCACUUCUAGAGAGCCCUCACCGACCUCUCGCACAUCCCACAAGCGUCUCGAUAGCAACAGGCCUGCUCCAUUGGUACUAUCUCCAACUUCAGGACGCCCGGAUCUUCCCCGCAUCAUUCGGGAACCUCAGUCUGGCGACUCUAUACGUAACCCUUCCACAAUCCGUCCACUUCCCCAAAUCAGCCAGUCGACAACACCAACCAGCUACACUCCCCGUCCAUCCUUGCCACCCCUUCCUCCCGCACCAAGAGGUCAACCACCUCAGCCCCCACGCGGAACCUCCCGCACUCUCCAUUCCGUCACCGGCCCACGCAUUCGCACCCCUAACCAACCAGACGCAACCAACUAUGCCAACUCACCCCUUCCACCAGCACCAACGCCCACCCCCUCAAACAUGCUCACAACCCCAUCUCAAUCAAACAGCUGGUCAUUUGGUCUCCCCCCAGAUCCUCGAUCAGGUCCAUCCCCAAUCAAAUCACCCUCUCCCCUGAGCUCGCGAUCAUCUCCACGUUCCAUCAACGUCGCACAUAACAGGAACAUCUCUUUUAAUGGCGUCCCUUCCCCUCUUGCACCUACCCCCACGAAUUCAAAACUUCCUCCUAGGCCUUCCACGACUGGAACCAGUGCCCAUCCCUAUGCAUCUGCCCAAGCCCCCCCAUCUUUACAGGCCCCCGCUCAGAAUGGGUUGGCCCUUUCCCCGAUCGUGGAGUCGUUCCAGGGGCAAACAUCAGCUUCGUCAUCAGGAUCCUCCUCACCCCCUGCAUUCGCAGUCGGACGCGGUCCGUUCAAUCCUUCCGCUCAUAAUACCCCAUCGGAUACCUCCCGUCGUAAACUCGUUAGAUUUUCCAUGCCAGAAGAACAGCGGUAUUAUACAGUUGAUGUCGCUGAUUGUGCGGGCGGUAUAGAGGUCAUGGAGAAGGUGCUCAAGAAAGCUGACAAGGUGGGCUCGUCGAGGAGGAACGACGUCAUGAGCCGCGUCGAGACCGAUGAUGGUGGACUCAGCGUAGACGGAUGGUCUGUAUAUCUAGAGUGGGACGAAACAAAUGACUCGGGCAAACCACUCUCCGAAGCAGAACUCCUAGCAGUGUGCCACAGCGCCUCCGAUGACCCUGUUAAAGGACGCGGCCUAACGCUCCGCAAAAGCGGGCGUACAAAACGUUCAAAAGAUCUCCAGCGAAUAUUUGGGGAGAACCCUCCCCGGAAUAUCAGUCCUACCUCCCCCAGCAUCCAACCACGGCCAUCCGAAUCCGACCAUGAACCUGAUCCUGGCAUGAUCCUAAAUAUCGAUGAUUCGCAGGGCCAGAAAGCACGCGCAAUCAAACGGGCAAGUACUAUCAGCGUCCUCAGCGGCCUUGGCGUGCGCGACCCGGAAAAAGCUCUCGACCCUAGUGCAUCGCCUACCCAAAGCCACCCGAAACAUCCGCUCCCACCCGUAAAUUCCGCCAAGAAGCCUUCAAAGCUCCGCAAUUUCUUCGGCCAGCGCCCGCCGAGCGAGUUGAUCACAACGCACUUGACGGAAUACUUCCCGUUCACAGACAGGAAGAUGUUGCGGAAUGCACGGCACAGUAUGAUGCUCCGGGCUUCGAGCGUGAGUGGGGAGAAGAGGGACAGCAUGCUAUCCCUCAAUCCACCACCUCUUCCUUCGCGAUUCAGCACCAGCACGCAGGGUUCAGGAUCAGCACAGCGCUCGAUGUCGCCCUCACGAACAAUAUCUUCCAAACGGAACUCUACCAUCUCUACUAGUUCCACGAUACCAGACACCCGGUCUUUGGCAGCACCUUCGAUUGGUGAGGACCCCCCACGAGUAUCGAUAUCCACUGAAGACGGGCGAUCGGUGAUCCUGACUGGAGAUGAUGUUGAGAAGCUCUCUUCGUUUGACUCGAAACCGCAAUUACUCCCUCCUGUGACGUUCCCUUCGAUAUCACUUUCAGAGUCUAUGGAAGACCUUACAGGUCCUCUGCGCCCGAGGUCGAAUUCGAAUGCGUCUAAACGGAUGAGUUUCAUGACUGAGUUGAGGAGCAAGCGUGAUCGGUCAGAUACUGCCAGCUUAUUGACUGUGGAUGAGAUCACUGCUGAAGUAGAAAAUCGGAGACAGAGUAUGGCGGUUGAUAUGGGUGUUGAGGGGGCUGAAGACUGGACGAAGGUGGAGCCUGAUAUCGAUGAUGUUAUCAGUUUUUCGGAGGGUGAUGCCGUGCUCGAGGACGAUGAAGAUGAUGAAGAUGAGAGUGAGGAAGUUGAGGAGGAAGACGAAACUGGUCAGGCUAUGAACUCUAGCGGCAAGUGGAUUAAAGGCGCACUCAUCGGUGCAGGGUCAUUUGGGAAAGUCUAUUUGGGUAUGGAUGCUGUAAACGGUCUUCUGAUGGCAGUGAAGCAAGUCGAGCUGCCAAGGGGCUCAGCUCCAAAUGAGGAGCGGAAGAAAAAUAUGCUUAGCGCAUUGGAACGAGAGAUCGACCUUCUCAAAGAUCUAUCCCACCCAAAUAUUGUCCAGUACCUCUAUUCCUCACUCGACGACGAUUUUCUCAACAUCUUCCUGGAAUACGUUCCUGGAGGUUCUGUCACUGCAUUGUUGCGUAGCUACGGCGCUUUCGAGGAACCUCUCGUCAAAAACUUUGUACGACAAAUCUUACAAGGCCUUAACUACCUUCACGAACGCGACAUCAUACAUCGUGAUAUUAAAGGAGCAAAUAUCCUCGUUGACAACAAAGGCGGCAUCAAAAUCUCAGACUUUGGCAUCUCGAAGAAAGUUGACGGCAACCUUCUCACAGGCAAAAGGAUGAAUCGCCCAUCAUUGCAAGGAUCAGUGUUCUGGAUGGCACCUGAAGUCGUGAAGCAGACCGCGCAUACUUCGGCUGCUGAUAUCUGGAGUGUGGGAUGCUUAGUUGUCGAGAUGUUGACUGGGGAACACCCAUGGGCGCAACUGACUCAGAUGCAAGCGAUUUUCAAGGUUGGUAUCGGCCAAUCCGCUAAACCUGCUAUACCAUCAGAUAUUUCUUCAGAGGCUCAGGACUUUCUUACGAAGACUUUUGAUCUCGAUCAUUCAGCUCGUCCAAGCGCUGGUGAGCUGCUUCAGCACCCUUGGGUUGCCGUCAAGAAGCACGCAGGAUUUUCGAGCAAGAAUGCAGCACUCAAGUCUAUUCCAACUAUCGAGAUCUCGGCAUGA